AUGGAUGAAGAAGAAGAUGAUACAUCAUCAUUUCGGCAACAUUUAUUCGAUUUGUCAAUUAAACGAUCGAAUAGUUCACCUGCUCUUCCUCUUCUUGUUAAUACAACUGAAAAUGAUAUGCAAUUUGAUGAUGUGGAUUUUUGUGAUUCAAAAUUACGUAGACAUAGCUCAUCAUUUAGUUCACAUCAAACUCGUCAUAGUCGAUUUGCUCAUAUUAUGAAAAAUGAAUUAACUAAUCCUAUUGUUGAUGAAGUUUCUCAAGAACGUGAUUUACAUGAUAAUCUCAAAAUGUCGAUAUCCUUUACUGAUCUAGCAGUUGGAGACGAUCAACAGUCACAGCAACCAGCUCAUUCUAUAGAUAGUCGUCGAUCAUCAGUCAAUAGUUCAGAUUCAUCUAAUCUUGGUUAUUCAUCUUCGCCAAGUCCAUCAACUCCUGCUCGACCUUGUGCUGUUGUCAGUAAUCAAAGACAAUGUUAUAGUCCAGCUCUUCAACAACAAGUUGCACCAUUCCAAUGUUAUUUAGCUUCUCCACCUAGUCGGUCACAAAGUCCUAUUGGAAUGAUAACAACCACAACAACUACCACUAAUAAUAAUAAUAAUAAUAACAAUUCAUCUAAUAAAAUCACAUCUUUUCCACCCAAUCUUAAGCGAAAACAAGGAGACGAAUCAAGUGCCGGAUUAAAUAGUAAAAAGAGCAGAAUAGCAAGCGAUAAUGAAUCACUAUUCGGGCCAAGUAAUUCACCUGAAUCUCCUUCACCUGGUCCUAUCGAAUCUAAUACAAAUUUACUUACGACUCAACAAUCACUUAAUCUUCUUUCUUCGAUACCACCAUCUUUAUCUACUUCUUCAUCGUUAUCAAACGGCAAUGAUAAUACACAUUUUAAACCUAUACAACAUUCUGAUAUUGAUUUAUUUCCUCCACCAAAUUCUCCAAGUAUGUGUCCAAGUCCAACCAAUUCUACAUGUUCAUCAUCAUCCUCAUUAACAUUUACUCCAAUAUCUCCAGCUUCAACUACAUCCUCAUCAUCAUCAUCAUUUUUACUAUUACCAGCUAAUUUUAAUCGUUCAACAGUUGUACCAUCUUUGCAAUCAUCAGGAUUAAUUAUUCCCUCAGCAACCAAACAUAUUGGUACAAAUUCUACUUUUUCAAAACUAAAAUUGUCAAAUAGAAGUCAAUUUCGACGUGAUCGCUCACUAGAUGAAGCUUCAUCGCUUCAACCACUAUCUGUUAUAUUACCAAGUACAACAACAACAUCAACAACAAUAAUAACAACACAAGAAAAAUCCACAAGUCCAAUAACAGAACAACAAUUUUUCUUUUCAUCUGAUGACAAUAAUUCAACAACUGCUCAAUGA